AAAAAGGUAAAACUAACGUGAUUGGAGCAACCCACCCGUGUCCUCCUGCUCCCCCGUGCCCGGAGCUUAGAUGAAACAUAAAGAGGUGCAAACGACGGGAAAACGCCACCGUCCACAGUCGUGUCAUGGCAGGCGCGUCUCUUCUACUCGCUUCUCCGCGAUGCUUCUUAAACCUAGCCUUUACCCCUCAACAUCAUUGUUUCCUCCUCCCCAAUUCUUCCGCAUUUUCCCGUGGCAGUUCUGAUAAAUUAUUCAGGAACCAAUCAAGAAUGGGCUAUCAUGGGUCACCCGGACGGUUACGGGCAGUCACGGUUCAGGCCAUGACACCUUCUUUCGGUUCUCGAUUGGAGGAGACCGUGAAAACCACUGUCAGUGAGAAUCCUGUCGUGGUUUACUCCAAAACCUGGUGCUCGUACUCUUCUGAGGUCAAAUCGUUGUUUAAGAAGUUAGGCGUGGAGCCACUGGUUAUCGAAUUGGACCAAAUGGGUCCUCAAGGUCCACAGCUGCAGAAGGUGCUUGAAAGGCUUACGGGACAGCAUACUGUUCCGAAUGUAUUCAUAGGUCUGCUCUUCUUACUGUGCUCUCUAACUUCACACAAUACAAGACUGGAUUUAGGACUUUUAAUUGGAGCUUUGAAUGGUUCUUCAAGGAUCUUAAUAGUAAAUAGUUGAGUGUCUGAGACUUGUAUAAAAGGUGCACAGUUUAUAGUAUGUUAAGUUGUUGAUACUAAGGAUAGAAUGCUAAAACAAGUCCAUUUCUAAGUGGUCUGAUAAUAGUGUAGCUGAUUUCUGCUUCAAAGUCAAAGGAUGUCCAGCAGGACUAGCACUUAGAAAAGAGAAUUUAGAAGUUUUUUUUUUUUUUUUUCUUGAUCCGACAAGUCUUUGGUCAAUAGAUUGUUCGUAUCUCACCAAGAACUACUCUUUUUCAGGGGGCCAACAUAUCGGUGGUUGUACAGGUAUGCUAAGUUUGUCUGUUGGUGUUUAUAAUGAUGUUCUUAACUUUUUGUUCUUCUGUUAGAUGUAAUAAUAAGGUCUGAUGUGGUUAUAGCUGUAUACAUGCUCAUAAGUAUGCGCUUUAUGAUAGAAUGAUCCUCAUGAAACCUUUCUCUAUAAACAACAACUCCAGCACAAAUUUAGGAGGCAUCAGCUGAUUAUUAUCAUUAUUUGUUGACUCUGUCUUUGAAAUUAUUAUGAGGUUGAUAAUUCUACUUCCAAUUUUCUUAAACAACUAUUGGGCCACACUUAAAUCAGCUGAAAGUUGCUGAAAUGAUAAUUAGUGUGGAAUAUGUAAAGCCAUAGUCUCUUAGAUAAUUAGGACUGGUAGACUUUUUUUUUUUUUUUUAUCUGUUUCAGUUUAAAGGGUUUAUCAGCUGCAGUUUGUAUUGUGCAAUGUGGUUGAAUUGUUGCAUGUUUAUAUCGAUUGCUAUCUGGUACUUUUAUGGUGGACGAUCACCCAAUUCACGUUGAGAGAUGACAUAAAAAGAAAGGCUUGAUUUUCGGAAUGUUGUUUCUCUGAUACAGAUACUGUUAAGCUCCACCGAAAAGGAGAACUAGAACCUUUGUUAUCAAAAGCUGGAGCUGUAAAGAGAGAGGGCUAGCCACAGGAUCAUCUUCCUGACAUUGUUUGACUUGAGGCAUCUGAUUGCAUUCGGCAUCUUCCAGUACAAAACACAUAUGUUUCUUCUUUCUUGGUAGAUAAAUAGUAGUACUUGAUGUUCGUCAAUAACUUAAUCCUUCAAACUCAGAUUACGGUCCUGCAGAGACCUCUGAAGUUGUAAUGUUGAUACUUUUUUUCUUUUUCUUUUUUCCUUCUUCUCCUGUUUAUGCACUACUUUUUGGUAGCGGAAAAAGCACAAACUCAUGCAAACUUUUUUUUUUUCUAAAUUGUGUUUAUAAACUUUAUAAGAUCUUUGC